UCAUAGAGAAGGAUAAACGUUCUCUAUGCAAGAGUUUCGGUUAGAAUUGUCAAUGGGGUCUUAAGAAACUUUUAAAAGAAAUAUCUGGGUAAUUAACUUAGCAGAUAAGUGAUUCGCACGGUAAUAGGGAUAUAUCUAAGGUCUAAUUUUGCGUUGACGUUUGUCUGUCAGAAGAAGUACAAGCAGAGCCAUGGCUUACGGGAACAGAGCUGUGGUACAGUACGAAACGUAACAAAUGUCGAGCGUGGAAGGUUAAUGAAUACAACACUAAUUUAAACAAAAAUAUUAGAUAAAUGCCGCGAAAAAUAUUGAAAUGAAAGUAAAGUUAGUCGAACUACAUAAAAUUAGCAACACUAUCAGUUAAAAACAAUUUCGUUAAGCAGUUAUGAGUGACCCAGAUAUGACAACUUUCCAAGUGGACCAGCGGUCAAAUUUUAUCUCUUUGAUUUUACUGGAUGCCCUGGAGGAUGGAAACGAAAGUGAUAUAUACGCCAUAAUAGCUAAAAAUAAGGUAGAUGCGAGUUAUGUUCCUAUCGAACGCGGUAUAUCACCCCUUCAUUAUGCAUGUGGAAUGGAUAACGCGGCAGUUGCUGUGGACAUUAUAAAAAUAUUUCUUGAAGGCGGUGCUGACGCCAAUGUUCGGUCAAACGAAAAUAUGACACCAUUGCAUGUUGCUGCGAUAUUUGGCCGUGUAGAUAUAGUCGUUUUACUUUUGAAAUAUGGUGCUCGACAUGAUUUUCUGGACGAUGAACGGAAAACACCAAUACAUUACGCUAUCGAAGAAUGCCAUUUUGAUGUAUUGGAGGUAAUCAGAGACCAUAUUUUUCAACAUAAAUAUGAACUCGUGCGUAAAAGAUCCACAGAAUAUGUUUCUGAUAAUGGCAAUUAUUCUAUCAGAGGAGAAUCAAAUAAACGAGAAGAAGAAGGUUCCAAUGUGACACCUGUUAACAGAAUGCUUUCUAAUGUUUGUAAUAAUGACUCAGGAAACCCUGAUACACCAAACAAUAAAUACACACCGAACCGUGUACACUACAAUUAUGAUGUGACAUCUCCGUAUUAUAUAAAUAUAACUCAUCGUCGACACCGACCACAACCAAUAUUUCCACCUAUUGGAUCUCCACCAAACUCUAAAAAUAAAUCACAUGACUUCGAAUGUGAGAAGUUCGAAGGGCCAGACUCAAAUUCUAAGGAAGAUCAAGAAAAGGAAUCUACUGACACACAAUCUUCUGUUAAUGUCUUUCACCUCACUGAGAAAAAUUUGAAAGAACUUUCUAAGACAUCUAAUUUAGAUCGUUCCUGUAUUUCAAUGAUCGAAGCAUGGCGAAAGAAAGUUGAGUCAUCACGUGCUAAAAGGUCUAUUUUGAGGUGUUACUCAGAUGUAGAUGAAAUGGUAGACGAAGUAAUGAAAAGUGAUCACCUGAACUUCACUAACACUAUUUUACAAGAAAAUGCGAAAAAAGUUUUUGAAGACAACGAAUCAGAAACCAAUCCGAUUAUGAUCUCAAAUCUCUCUUUGGGUGCUAUAAUACAAAAAGCUGCCCAGGCCCAUGUAUUAGAUCAAGAAGAACAAGGACCAGACCCAGAUAGUAGUUAUCAUACAGUGCCAGCAAUAAUUGAGAACGAACUAAGUGGAAGUAUUAAGAAACAACCUUCGAAAAACUCGCCAAAGAUAUAUUUAAAAGAAAAAUCUGACAAAAAUCCAUCAGGAGAUUAUAUAUUACAAAUGGCGGAAGCUUACGUUCAUACUGAUGAUGAGAAUGGACUGGUCUUUUACGAAACUAAACUUCUAAGUAGUCAAAAGAGUGCAAAUAAUUGCGAACAACAAAAUUUGGACAGUACUGUAUCGACUAAUGAUACACACAUUUUGGAUUAUGAAACUGAUGAACUGCGGGCUGAACUGGCUCAAUUUGGCGAUCCUCCUGGUCCAAUAACAAAGAGUACAAAAAGACUUUACAUAAAAAGACUUAUAAAAUAUAAGAGAAAUGCUCCGGAUCUCCAACAGAUAAAUACAAAUGGUAAACAAAACGCCCCAGAAAGUGCAAAAUUAUCUGUGGAAUUGCAACGGACUAUACGUUCUGCGGAACAUUUUGCCCUAAUACCAGAGUACCAAAAGUAUGAAUGUAAAUCGACUGAAUACUUUGCUAAUUUACAAAAUAAACAUAAAAUGAGAGAAGGUCAUCUUAAGCAAAGUUUUAUAUAUAUGCUAAUAGAUCCGCGAAUUUCUUGUAAUUUACCUGGGGAAAGCCUGUAUAUUGAGAGGCAUAAAGCGUGGGUGCGCUUCCUUGAUUCAGUGUUCUAUGUUGGAAAAGGGAAAACUUCUCGCCCGUACUCCCAUUUAUAUGAAGCUAUGAAGUUACAUUCCCGAGUUCAUAGUCACCAGAAGAUUACUAAUUCCAGAACAGAUAUAGUACAGUCCCAGCGAGGGAAAGCUUCAUCUAUAAGGAAACAGACGCUUUGUCUAGAUGUUUUUAAAGCAAAUAUUCAAAAGCCUUUAGAUAACAAGAAGUUGGAGCGGAUUCUGGAUAUUUGGAGAUGCGGUAAGGGUGUGGUGUGCCUUCACGUUUUUCACAAUAUAUUGCCUUCAGAAGCUUAUACUCGCGAGGCAGCUAUAAUUGAUGCCUUUGGGAUACAGCAUUUAACAAAUCACAAGCGUGGGGACUACUACGGCCCAGCGCAGACUUGGACCAUGAAGGAGAAAAAAAUGUUUGGAAUAUCUUUAUUAUAUAAAGCAAUGCAAAUUUAUUUAGCAGAAGGUGAAUCACAGCUAUCUCCUAGUGAUCUCAUUUAAAAUAAGAUACAAAAUAUAUGUUUAUAUAAAGUAAGCCAAUGUGAUAUUUUUGUAUAUACGAAAUAAUAUAAUGACGUGGAUUGUACAAAUCUUUA